ACUCGUGGCGCCACAAGCUCAUUCACUGUGUAGGUCCCGUUUCCCUCUGUGCGGCGGCCGGCGGGACCAUAAGGGCUUAACUCAUAUAUUUAACCCCCCUCCAAAAAGGUUUGAAAGUAUUCUUGAAGGGCUGUUUGGACCUGCAUUUUUAAAAGAUCUCAGUUUAUUUAAAGACUGUGAACCUGAAAGCAUUUCUGAUUGGACUUUUGAUGAAAAUUGUCUAUUCUGUUGCUUGAGAAGAGAUAAAGUAAAGGGACACUUAGUCGGUCUGGAUGAACCAGCUUCGGGAGCUGGGCAGGAAGCUCUGCUUAAACAAGAGCAAGCAAAAAUCAUUCGAUUCGAGAGACAAGCAGAAGAGUUCCUCAAUGCAGUCUUUUAUAGAAAAGACAGUCCCUGGGUCUCCGACCCCAAUAUUCCCCUAGUGGCCCGUGAGAUCAUGCAGCGAAUGAUCCAACAAUUUGCUGCUGAAUAUACCUCAAAAAAUAGCUCUACUCAGGACCCCAGCCAGCCCAAUAGCACAAAGAACCAAAGCCUGCCGAAAGCAUCUCCAGUCACCACCUCUCCCACGGCUGCAACUACUCAGAACCCUGUGCUCAGCAAACUUCUCAUGGCUGACCAAGACUCACCUCUGGACCUUACUGUCAGAAAGUCUCAGUCAGAACCUAGCGAACAAGACGGUGUACUUGAUCUGUCCACUAAGAAAAGUCCAUGUGCUGGCAGCACUUCCCUGAGCCAUUCUCCAGGCUGCUCCAGUACUCAAGGGAACGGUGAGAACUCAACAGAAGCAAUAGCAGUAGAUUCUAACAAUCAGUCGAAGUCCCCCCUGGAGAAGUUCAUGGUCAAACUGUGCACUCAUCAUCAGAAGCAGUUCAUUCGUGUUCUGAACGAUCUGUACACUGAAUCUCAGCCGGACACCGAGGACUUGCGACCUUCUGACUCCGGGGCAAUGGAUGCAUCCUCUUGCAAUGCUGGCUGUGCCCAGCUCGGCACCAGACAUAAGGAAAACGAUGCUCUGUGUCUCGAUAUGAAGUCUCCUCCUAUAGAUUUGACAGUAGAUGCAUCAGGCUCUCACAGUCCUCUACAUGUGUCAGAAAAGGCCCUGAAGGAGCCUCCUCCUGAGACAAACUCUGUAGAUGGAAGACAGAAUGCCUUGACUGUUAUCCAGAAAGAUUGCUCUGAACUUCCAACCACUAAACCUAAUUCUGGAAGUUCAACAGAUAGUUCCACUCUGGGAUACCUCAGUACAUCUAAUUCUUCCUUGUUCAGCUUCCAUCACAUCUCUAAGAGCUUGGAGGGGCAAACCACUGGACAGGAGCAAGACACCAAUGUGAAAGUAUGUGAGGAUGGUAAAGACCAUACGCAGAGUACAGCUUUAGUAGAAAGUCUAAGUGCAGCAACUGAGAACAGUGAGGAGAACAGCAGCUGUAUUGUUUCUCCAAGAAAUUCAUUCAGAGCUUUAUCAGAAGAGGCUUGGGACUCAGGGUUUACAGGGAAUUCAUCUAGAACUGCUGACAAAGAAAAUACUUUACAGUGUAGCUCAAAUACACCUGUGCACCAGGAUUCAGGGGCAAGUGACCAAGAUUCAAGGCCAAAGCAAGAGAACCAUCUUCACUCACUAGGAAGAAACAAGGUGGGCUACCAUUUGCAUCCCAGUGAAAAAGGCCAGUUUGAUCAUUCCAAAGAUGAUUGGUUAGCCCCCAGCCCCAUGCCAGUGGUGCACAAAGCACCCAGUGGACACUCGAGAACCAAGAUGUUACCAGCCUCCAUCAAGACAGCUCGGAAGAGUAAAAGGGCUUCAGGGCUGAGGAUAAAUGAUUAUGAUAACCAGUGUGAUGUUGUUUAUAUCAGUCAGCCAAUAACAGAAUGCCACUUUGAGAAUCAAAGAUCAAUGUUGUCUUCUCGGAAAACAGCCAGAAAGAGUACUCGAGGGUACUUUUUCAAUGGUGAUUGUUGCGAACUGCCGACUGUUCGCACACUAGCCAGAAACUUACACUCCCAAGAAAAACCGAGCUGCUCAAUACUGGCAUCAGAGACAGUGGUCACUCCCAAGCAGCCCCUCAUUAUUUCAGCUCCGAGACCUACGGUAGAUGUGCAGCUACCCACAGAGGAGAACGCUGAAGAGCCUAGUGAAGAAAUAACCUCCCCCACAGAAGGAGACAGAGAUGCUUCAUCUGAAAAGGAAUCUCAGGAGGCUGAGGUUUGCCCCACGGUGAUUCCGUCCGAUCCACCCAACUCCCCGAGAGCAGAGGAAGCUACAGCCUCCAGCCUGGUGUGGCCUCUCCCGGCUCACCUUCCUGAAGAGGACGUGCCUGAAGGCAGCUCUGUGGCCUCUGUGCCCACAGCAAGUGGGAUAGCUUCCCCUGAACAAGACCAGCACCCAGUCGAACUGCCGGAUGCAAAGGGGGUGAGUGAGCCCGAAGACGGUCACCUGGUUCCCGCUACUGAGAGCAUUUCUGAGGGAGGCAGCGAAGAUGUUUGUAGGCCUCCUCCUUCUCCCGAAACAGUCAGUGGGGUGGAAAGUCCUCUGUGCUCAGAAAAUCAAAGCCCCCCCGUGAGCUUGGAGCCUCCCAUGAGCCCAGGAAAGGCUGAGGACAAACAGAACGUUAGUACUGAGGCCGAGACUGAGGACGCUCAGGAGCUACACACUGACCCGCUCUCAAAGGAAAGCAGCACCUUGACUGAGGAAAACCCCAAUGAAACUGAGGAGAGUGAGGCGGCAGAUGGUACAGGAAAAGUACAGGAAGAGGACAGUGAUAGAAAACAUCCUUCAGGAAAAGGUACGUGCGAACAGAACAUUGACUCACCCGAAGAGAACUCAGACAAGAAGAAAAAAGGUAAAAAAUUCCCUGAGGCCUCUGAUAGGUGCCUAAGAAGUCAACUUUCAGAUUCUUCCUCUGCCGAUAAGGGCCUAAGAAAUCAAAGUUUAGACUCUUCCUCUGCUUGCCCUGAGGUCAAGGUUUCUAAAAAUGCUGGUGCAAAACGUUCUAAAAAAGAAGAGUACCCUGGUGUGACAACACCUGAGGGCCUUCUGACCGAGGGUCUCCAUCCAAAAGCUCUGGAGGACACCGAAAACCCAAAUGUCAAUGAAAUUCCCUCUGAGAAGGAUGCUGAGCAGGAGGGCGAAGGAGGUGGGAUCAUCACCAGGCAAACUUUUAAAAACUUGCUGGCUAAAGAGGUCAAAGGGGAAGAAGGAGACAUUUCCCCCAGCAGUGACCCUAUAAUCACAGUUGGCCAGCCCCUGCCUGGAGAGAGACUGGAAAUCUAUGUCCAGUCUAAGUUAGGUGAGACAAAUGGUCAUGACCCCUUAGAAAGCGUUCCAUGUACUUUCCCAGAGCAGUCAGAAGAGAAGCCAGGACCUGUUCCUGCAGAUGUGGAGGAGGUUGUAAACGAGGUGGACAGUACGAACGCCCAGCAUAAAGAUGAUGAGAGUGACGGGCCAUCCAGCACGCUCGGGCCAUCCAGCGCGCUCGGGUCGUCAGGUAGUGGGAGUGGCGAAGCUGCUGGGCCCCCAAAAUGGGUACCAAGGCUCACGAGACUGACCUCUUUGACCUACAACCUAAGACAUGCUCAUUCUCUGGACUCCUUGGAAAAUACAAAAGUAACUUCAGAAAAGGAAGCAGCACAAGAAAACGCAACACCAAAGGGUGAUGAAGCUUUGGAGAGUGAAGAUCCCGUAGAGGAGGAGGAUAGGGAAGCGGUGGUCGACGACCAGCCAAAGUUUAUGGAAUGGUGUGCUGAGGAGGAGAACCAGGAACUCAUCGCCAACUUCAAUGCCCAAUACAUGAAAGUUCAGAAGGGCUGGAUCCAGCUGGAGAAAGAAGGCCAGCCAACACCAAGAGCAAGGAACAAGUCGGACAAACUGAAGGAGAUUUGGAAAAGCAAGAAAAGGUCACGGAAAUGUAAGGGUUCAUUGGAAGCUCAAAAGUUUUCUCCUGUUCAGAUGCUGUUUAUGACAAACUUUAAAUUAUCUAAUGUUUGUAAGUGGUUCUUAGAGACAACUGAAACCCGGUCUCUGGUCAUCGUGAAGAAGCUCAAUACUCGUCUUCCAGGCGACACCCCACCUGUCAAGCAUCCGCUUCAGAAGUACUCACCUUCCAGCCUGUACCCCAGUUCACUACAGGCUGAACGCUUAAAAAAACACUUGAAGAAAUUUCCUGGAGCUACUCCUGCUAAAAACAACUGGAAAACGCAGAAGCUCUGGGCUAAAUUUCGAGAGAAUCCCGACCAAGUGGAGCCAGAGAAUGGCAGUGACAUCAGCCUGGGCCCCAGUUCUGAAGACAGCAAAGAGGAAGUUGGGGAAGGUAGAAAUAGCCAUCCUCUCACAAGCUCACCCACUCCAGCCAGUACCCGGAUCCUUAGAAAAUAUUCCAAUAUCCGAGGAAAGCUCAGAGCCCAGCAGCGCUUGAUGAAGAAUGAGAAGAAGGAAAGCCCUUUUGGUGUGGCUGUGGAAGGUAAACAGAGUUGUAAAAGUGUAUGCAUCAACCCUCUGAUGUCCCCCAAACUUGCCCUGCGAGUGGAUGCCAAUGGGUUUCCCAUUAAGCCCAAGAGAACUGAUGGAACGAAGGGAAGGAAAGCGAAGCAGACGUCUGAAAUCUUGCCGAAAGCAGAAGUUCAGAAUAAACGCAAGAGGGCCGAAGGCAGCAGCACUCAGGACAGGAAGGACAAGGGACCCACAAUGAAAGCCAGCAAAGAAAAGCAUGUUGAUGGAGCCACCAAAACCCCUGCUGCCAAGAAGCCAGCCGCAAGGGACCGAGUCAGCCAACUGCCCAAAAAGACAUCUUUGAAAGAGAAUAAAGUGAAGAUCCCUAAAAAGUCCUCUGGGAAGAGCUGCCCUCCCUCCAGGAAAGAAAAAGAGAAUAUAAACAAAAGACCUACCCAACCCACCACCUCGGAGGCAGUGACGAAACCUGCAAGGCAAAAAGGGGCAAGCGAAUCCUCUUCAAGGUCACAGAAAGCCACAAACAGGAAGCAGAGCAAUGGAAAGGCUCGGGCCAGACCCUUGAAAACCCCAGAGAACAGUGCAGCCCAGAGAAAGCGAAAGCUGAAGGCAAAGCUGGACUCGUCCCACAGCAAACGGAGGCGGCUGGAUGCAAAGUGAUCCGAAGGGUGGUAGCCAAGAGUAAAACUGUUCUAUAGAAGUAACCCUUUAUUUUGCAUUAACUAAAUCCGCUUUUAUACGCUUAUCAAGCCUUUCAAAUCUGCAGUUAAUGGAGAACACCACAAUUUAAGAUGUCAGAAAGUGCAUCUCAGAUGGAGAAGGGAACUUGCAGAGUCUUUCUCUGAGGCUGAGUAAGGGAAGUUAUAUAUUAUAUUCUGGUUGUUCCUUGGGUUUUAAACUUGGAACCAAGCAGUUUUAGUUUUUAAAAGUACAGUGCCUUAUUUAUCCUUUUUGUGUUUAAAAUUUACAAAAGCUAAAAAGCUGAUUUAUGUGAUAAAGGCUUGUAUUUUAUACUUGAUGCACAAGCACUUGUACUGUAGCCGAGAAGACCACCAUCAUGCACAUAAAAGUAGCUUUCCAGCAGCUCCCUGCAGCGUCUGUGCACGAGCAGAUGCUCCUCUGUGCAAACCCAGCAGUGAACUUCCCUCUCUGUCUGGUUUGUUUGUCUAAAUGAUAUUUGAAAGCUAAACCAAAUCAUUUUUAUGGUAUGUAGAGAAUACAGAGGGCAUUUAUAAUUGUUGUAAAAGAUUAAUAUUUCUGUUAACCCUUUUUUAAAAA